GUAAAACAAAAUGAGCUGCUCCUCGUCAUCGAUGCUCUUCUUGGUGCUCAUCGCGACCACUGUGCUCAUCGCCGAGUCUCGUGUAUUCUAUAACCGAUUCGACGGCGGGCUCUCCUCAGAUCGUUUCAUGGAGCAGAAAAGGGAUGGUGCUGAAGCCUCGUACGACUAUGACGCCAACCAAGUAAUUCGAAACACAAUGAAGCGCAACCGUCAAUGCCUUCUCAACGCUGGUCUCUCUCAAGGAUGCGAUUUUUCUGAUCUCCUUCAUGCUCAGACUCAAGCUCGCAAGUUCAUGAGCUUUGCCGGACCAGGAAAGUGAAGAGAAUCGAGAAGGACACCUCACCUCAAAAGCGACGAAAAAUUUACAAAAUAUUCUUCCAAAGCAAUCAAAUAGUGCACAAUUUUUACAAUUUUCAAUUGUAUAUAAAAACUGAAAUAAUCAACAAUAAGAAUAAUAAUUUACAUUCAAUCAAAAAUAAUAAUAAUUUGAAACAAAACAAUUCUCUCGAUCUCUUUAUCCAUAUUCUCCAUUUCCUUUUCUCUCUCUCUCACUCUCUCCGUCAACUGUUUUUUGCCCAUCAAUGCACUCACUCUCUUUGAAAUGAAUGAUUACAACUGUU